GCGUAUCAUUGGACGCCAAAGCGGGAAUAUAUUGCACUUUCAAGAAUGUGAAUGGACAAAUUUUUGCGUGAUAUUUGAAAUUUCCUACUUUAAUGUGAUGCCAAACCUUGACCAAUGUGUAUUUAUGAGUAAUAUGUAAUUAUGGGACAGUGUUUUGGAACAGAAGACGGUGGAUUUUUGCCUUUUCGGCAAAAGCGAGGCUAUGAUCGCUUCACAACGUUCGCUCCGAAGAGCAAAUGGAGAUAUGCUGAUGAACACUUAUUGACAGAAAUACAGGAUCCACGUUCUGAUGAUGAACUUGAUUUAUCAGAUGUAAGACGUCAAACAGGCAAUGGACUAAAUUCGCAACAAAAUCCCCAGUCCUCAGCAAAUGUCAGGACAGGACUCAGACAAGAAAGGCCAGAAAGAUAGCAAGCACAAGUUCAGGACAAAUUCAUUGAAGGAUUCACCUCUCUAGGAAUAUAAUCUACAAUAUGCUGGCAAAUAUUAGAAUUAAAUGUUAUAUUAUCAAUUGUAAUGUAACCCAUUGACAGAAGCAAUUGCACCAGGAGCACUAAUAUCAAACAGGCAUUUAUGUGUGUGACUACUUUGAUGGCCAGUAUUAAUGGUGGUGCCAUUGGUGUGCAGUGAAGGAAAAAUGUUUUGUGAGAAGCAAAGGGGUAUGCGUAUUGCAUGCCAACCAACUGCCAACUGCAUAGGCUGGUGUUGUGGUCACCCAUGAAUGGCAGUUUUGAUGUUGAAUUUCAUUGACAAGAAAAAUUAUUUUGUAGCAUUUGUAUCAAGGGAUUUUUGUAGGAAAAUGUAAUGGUCUAAAAUAAUUUAUUGAGCCAAGUAUUUUCAGUGGCUUUGUCUGAUCCAUUGUCGAUAAAGUUGGGUAAAUAUUUUUGGAUAAUUUGGCUCUUAAUGUAUUUAGGAGUUAUGUUUUCAUUGUUUGACUCAAGUUUGAAACUUGGCAUGAUACAAAGUAACGUAAUCAGCACUGGACUUUGAACAAACUUCUUAAAAGAGUUUUUGUGAUAAAAUGCAUCAAAGACCUGCUAUUGCAGGUGAGGAAUAUAUAUUUUGCACAAUCUGUCCUUUGUAAGUUUUUAAACAUCUAAACGUUACCAUAGCUGUUCAUUGUCAAAUAAAGUUUUUUGAAAUUGA